AUGCUGCGGCGGCGGGUGCUCGCCGCGGCCCGCACGAUCGUGGACAUGUCGUACUCCCGCCACUUCCUGGACUUCCAGGGCUCCGCCAUCCCACACGCCAUGCAGAAGCUGGUGGUGACUCGGCUGAGCCCCAACUUCCGCGAGGCCGUCGCCCUGCGCCGGGACUGCCCGGUGCCGCUCCCCGGGGACGGAGACCUCCUCGUCCGAAACCGAUUUGUCGGUGUUAAUGCGUCUGAUAUCAACUACUCAGCGGGACGAUACGACCCCUCCGUCAAGCCUCCUUUUGAUGCGGGCUUCGAAGGUGUGGGCGAGGUGGUAGCCUUGGGCCUGUCCGCCAGUGCCAGGUACACGGUCGGCCAGACUGUGGCUUACAUGUCAGCGGGCUCUUUUGCCGAAUACACAGUGGUGCCAGCCAGCAUUGCCAUCCCAGUGCCCUCUGCCACACCCGAGUACCUCACGCUGCUGGUGAGCGGCACCACCGCACACAUCUGCCUGAAAGAGCUCGGCGGGCUGAAGGAAGGGAAAAAAGUGCUGGUGACGGCAGCGGCCGGGGGGACAGGCCAGUUUGCCGUGCAGCUUGCCAAGAAGGCCGGGUGCCACGUCAUCGGGACCUGCUCUUCCAAAGAGAAGGCUGCUUUCCUGAAGUCUGUGGGCUGCGAUCGCCCCAUCAACUAUAAAACGGAGGAUGUGGGUACCGUCCUGAAGCGGGAGUAUCCCGGAGGCGUGGAUGUGGUCUACGAAUCCGUGGGGGGCGCCAUGUUUGACUUGGCAGUAGAUGCCUUGGCCACCAAAGGGCGCCUGAUAGUCAUUGGGUUUAUCUCUGGCUACCAAACCCCUACUGGCCUUUCCCCUGUGAAAGCAGGAACGUUACCCGCCAAACUGCUGAAGAAGUCUGCCCGCAUCCAGGGUUUCUUCCUAAACCAUUACCUUUCCGAGUACAGAGCAUCCAUGGACCACCUGGUCAAGAUGUGUACCAGUGGAGACCUCGUGUGCCAGGUGGACCUGGGCGACCUGUCCACGGAGGGCAGGUUCACGGGCCUGGAGUCCGUGUUCCGCGCUGUCGAUUACAUGUACCUGGGGAAAAACACGGGGAAGAUUGUAGUUGAAUUACCUCACCCUGUCAACAGCAAGCUGUAA